CGCUUCGUUUACUGACAAGUGGGUGAUGGCCGCCUGACGUUUCACUUUCGCUGAACUCCCUUGAAUUGAAUAUCUGUUCCGCGUUGCUCUCUGCUUCAUCGUCAAUAAAAACGUGCGAACGCGCCGGUAAUGAGCUCGCGACUGUUCGUCGAUUGAUUCAUUCAUCCGGAACGUUACAGCGAACAACCGGCAUUUAUGCCUGAGAGGGACGUGGCCGACGACAUGAUCAAGACCGGGGAGGACAGACUGGCAGUUCAUUAUCCGCAGACAGUGCAGUUUAAUGGACAAGAGAAUCAACAUUCAGUGGAAAUAUAUAGCACAAAUGUAACUAUAGAUCCUUCCCCCGGUGAUCAUGAUCAUGGCAGUUCGAAAGUGAAGUUGAAAAACAUUGUUGAUUUCACAUGGGAACAUCAUUUGUACGCCGGCCAAUUGUUGGCCGUUCAUGUUUCUGGAAAAUACUUAGCUUAUGGUAUAAAAGUUGGUACAGGUGGUGGAGUAGUUCGUGUUGUAUACAAGGAACUAGAACAUAGAGCUCUUCUGCGAGGAAUGCGUGGUGCUAUUCAAGAUCUUGCGUUCGCCCAUGUUUCAAAUGCAAUUCUUGCAUGUAUUGAUUGUACAGGAACACUUUUUAUACACACAAUCGAACCAACGCCGUCUGAAUUAUUAUGUAGUUUAGUGUUACAAGUAGAUGCCGAAGAUAUUUCUGGAAUUAAUCACCGUGUUAUCUGGUGUCCGUACAUCCCAGAAGACGAUUCUUCCGACGGUGACGAGGUAUCAAAACUGUUGGUUUUGACUCGUGGUACCAAGGUCGAAUUGUGGUCGGUCACGAACGCGUCGAAAUAUCAAUCAGUAGAUGCAACAGAUCCAGCUCUCAAGGAAGGCGGAAGUAUGAUGGAAAUCGACCAGCAUUCAGGAAUGAUUGUGGAGGCAGCGCUUAGUCCAGAUGGUACUGCAUUAGCUACAGCCAGUGCAGAUGGACAAGUUAAGUUCUUCCAGGUGUACUUGCACAGUAAUUCUCACAAUAAUCAAUCACAGCCGCGUUGUUUACAUCAGUGGAGACCUCAUGAAGGGCGGCCUAUUUCUUGCUUGUUUUUCCUCGACGAUCACAAAAAUUAUCUACCCGAUGUCCAGUUUUGGAGGUUUGCUGUGACAGGAUGUGACAAUAAUACAGAAUUGAAAGUAUGGUCCUGCGAAGUGUGGACUUGUUUACAAACAAUUAAAUUUGCUCCAAAUCCUUCCACCGGCAAAAUGCCGGUGUUGAAAGCGGGAUUAGAUCUUAGCGCCGGAUAUCUCUUUUUGUCAGACAUAUAUAACAAAAUUUUAUAUAUAUUAAGUCUUUCAAAAGAUAAAAGUGAAGCGGUAGCUUGUGUGAGCGCAAUAUCGGAAUUUCUCUUGCCGUAUCCAAUUUUGAGUUUCGGAAUCGUCGACGCCGCCCAACGUAAAAUACGAUCAACCGGCGAAUUGCUGGAAGAUCUGUGUUCAAUGGAAGAGAUCGAUGAUAACGAUGAACAUCUUGUCAUUAACAUGUUUCUAGUCCAACCGAAGUCGUUGCAGGAGUGUCACAUUGCAUUUAAACCUGCUUCGCAAAACAGCCGUUUCAUGAACAUACUUGCACAAAUUGCGAUGGAUAUUAACGAUUUACCAGAGACAGAAACUGUUAAUCAGAACGGCAUUGCUAAGAAUUGCAAAGAGGAACACGCUUUAUCUGGCACAAUUGAGACAACGAUCAAUCACAGUACCGGCGGUUUGAACUUGAUGACACCCGACGCGUUCAGCUCGCCCGCGAAGAAAGAGAAUACCGAAUUGGAAUCCACUCCCGAAAGUCCGGAAAUAGUAAACAAUAAUAGAAAUAGAAAAGUUUUAUCCAACAGUCCUUCUCUUGCGCAAGCAGCGCAAGCUUUCAACGUAUCUGAUCCUCCGCUCAUUCAUUCAUCAUCAAACGAGAUGGAAGAUCAGGCUCCUGCCAGUAACGGCAGCAGCCCGUCCAGAGAGGUGAGAGAAAUUUUGUCUCUUUCAAAAUCAGACGAGAACGAAAUCGACGGCAAGCCGGAAACGAAGACGAAUACCGAUCGAGCCGAGGAUUGGUCUAACAUCCCAAUGGUUUUACUCAAGGACGUGCACGCGAUGCAAGAAUCGGAGGAAUUUCCCGAAGACGAUGAGAAUACCGUACAAAGAGAGAAAACACCGGAUGAACCGAAAGCAACUCUUCCGACCGAUGACAAUGUACUAUCUUGGCGUUUGUACAACGAGACUAAUCUCGAAAUAAGCAACAAAUUGAAAUCUAUUAUGGAAGUAAUUCAAGAUCAAAGUGAGGAGUUGAAAGUGUUGCGCGCGGAGGUGAAUAGAUUACAGCAAGAAACGCCAAUAACCACGCGAAUAGAAUCCGCUUUCGCGAGAAUGGCCGAGCAGCAGAAUGCAACCUUGGAACAAACUUUAUACAAUCAAAUGGCUCGACAACAUGAAUUCUUAGACAACUUCGAGACGAUGAUCAAAGAUAAGAUUGAAAGCACUUUACCACGUACAGUUGAGGAUACGGUGAAGCCUCUGAAGCAACAAAUGAGAUUAGAUGCGAAUCAAAUGGACGAACUCUUCCAAAAAAAUAUAACCGAAUUAAUAAGUAGUGUAAAUGUAAAAGAUACUUUAGCUUUGACAGCUGCAAACGCAGCAAAGCCAGCACUAGAUGCUGCAUUCAAAGAAACGUUCUCCACCUACUUCCUGCCUAGUAUGGAAAAGGUUUGUCAAGUUAUGUUCCAGCAAAUUCAAGAUGCUUUUUUCAAUGGUACUCGCGAGUAUUUGCAAAGUGUCGAGACCAUUGUUGAAAAACAACAUCAGCGUCGUUACGAACAAUUGAGCGAAUCGUUAUCGGCAUUAGUACGCGAAGAACUACAAACUGAACUGAACAGAGCUCUGACCAGAUUGCAAGAUAACACCAUACGCACAGUUCGCGAUUCUAUACGAGAAAAUCUCAGCCAACAAUUUACGGAAAUGUCUACCGCGCGAUCAAGAGCUACGACACCCGCUAUACCGGCAACUACUGCAGCUGACGCUCAGGCACGUGUGAUGUCUCUUCUUCAACGAGGCCAAUUCAACGCAGCUUUCCAACAAGCUCUGAGCGCGAGCGAUUUAGGCUUAGUAGUGCUAGUAUGUGAGAAAACAGAACCUUCCAGAGUAUUUUCAUGCCCAAACGCGCAAGGACAAGGUACAAGAUGCAUCUUGCAGCAACCCGUGAUCCUUUCGCUUGUUCAACAGUUAUCCGCUGAUUUAGGACAUCGUACGGAAUUGAAACACAGGUGGCUGGAGGAAGCAAUACUAAAUUUAGAUCCUAACGAUCCUGUGACGCGAGAACAUAUGGGCACAGUGUUAAUGACUUUACAAAAUCAAUUAGCUGCGUUUGUAACAAAUAAUCCGAAUCAUCGGUCGACGCGCCGAAUGAAAAUGCUCGCUAUGGCUGCACGUGCGUUGCUGGGUCAGCAUCCUUGACCGUCGUUCGCAAACUCAAACAAAGACGAUACCAUAUAAGAUUUUCUAUGUUUUAUUUAAACAAAAGAGACUAUUGUCUAACAGCAAUAUUCACACACAGAAGUGUUUAAGACUGGUAAUUCAUAGAACACAUAUUAUGUAUAUCUGGGUGCUUUUCCAACUACGUACACAGGCGACACUGUAUAACACUGUGUCCACUAGUGUGAGUGAGACACACUGAUAUGCUCUUUCUCACACAAAUGGACACUGUGUUACACAGUGUCGUCUGUGUACGUAGUUGGAAAGCACCCUCUGUUAACACACGCUAUUUUCAUCAAACAUUCAGAUUUAAUUUUAUUUGAUGUGUGAUUUUGUUAAAUGUGUGAUUUAACAAACGUUUUAAUUCUCUCUAGCCUUGGAAGCGACACUUCGUACAUGAUACGAUAUUAUUCCAAAUAAUUCUUUUAAAAAAUUUUCGAAAAAGAAGUAAUAGUUUCUAAGAAAUUUGUUAUCUUUUUAUUUUUGUUUGAUUUUUUAUAUCAAAAGAUAGAAUCAAAGUUACGCUAAUAGCUCAACAGAGAAUUAUUAAAGUCGUAUUUUAGUCGAUACAUGUUAUUAGGAAGUAGUUACAAGGUUGGAGAAACACUUCAAAAAAAAAAAAAAAACUACUACUACUAAUCUGUCUUUAUCCAUGUGUUCUACUCCACGAUUAGCAGUUUUCAUUAAUUUUCUAGGUGUAAUACUGAAAGAAUGUUUUAAGUUAUAUAAGUUUAUUUUCUAUUGUUAAUUUAACGAUUGUCAGGAAUUAUUCAGUACUAACGCUGAUAAGAAAUUUUGUUUCUUUUUUGGUUUUGUUUGAUUGUCUGAAAAGUUAAACAUUGCUUGUGUCAGAGAUCAGUGUGACUACAUGUGUGUGGCGAACCAACAAGUAAACACAAAUUUCUGAAACCUGUAUAAGCUAAUGUGUGACACUUAUUUUCUUCAAUUUUCAUAAACUCUGACUUAUGUGUAAAACGUAAAGGCGGUGCAUAGAUUUCAUAAUCCCUGAUGAAUCAUAUUUAUAAAUAAAGAACGCAGUUAUAAAACCUCUCAAUUUUAAAAUUAUGAAACGAAACUUUCUUGCUUAAUAGUUGUUUAGACGCACGAUUUUCUAACUCUGAAAAAGGAUUCUAUAUAUUUUUGUGACUAGUGAUUUGUGAACUAGAAAAAUCUAUUGGAGUAAGUAACACCACAUGUGAUAAUUAUAUAAUAACAAUAUUAUGGAGUAUUUAUAAUUAUGUUUAUAAUUU